GUCUCCUCCAGCAGCAGCUCUGCGGCUCCUCGGUGAUCCUCUGAGUUUUGAUUCACCUCAAAGAACUUUGGAACUUUACUGGACUCUACGUUUUUAUUUUCUGAAAACAAAGGAUUUUUUCUUCCAGCAUGGAGAUCACCACUGCGGAAUAUGUUGACAAUUAUGACUAUUAUGAUGACAAUGAGACUGCCUGUGACUUCUCAGAGUGGGAGCCAUCUUACUCCCUCAUCCCGGUGCUCUACAUGCUCAUCUUCAUCCUGGGCCUGUCAGGUAACGGCGUGGUCAUCUUCACUGUCUGGAGAACCAAGUCUAAGCGGCGUGCUGCAGAUGUCUACAUAGGAAACCUGGCCAUCGCUGACCUCACCUUUGUUAUCACCUUGCCUCUCUGGGCCGUGUACACUGCGCUGGGCUACCACUGGCCCUUUGGUGUGGCUCUGUGCAAAAUCAGCAGCUAUGUUGUUCUGGUCAACAUGUACGCCAGCGUCUUCUGCCUCACCUGCCUGAGCUUUGACCGAUACCUGGCCAUCGUGCACUCCCUGUCCAGCAGCAGGCUGCGCUCUCGAGGGACUAUGCUGGCGUCCUUGGGGGCCAUUUGGUUCCUGUCCGGCGUGCUGGCCGUGCCCACACUGCUCUUCCGCACCACUGUGAACGACCUGAGCAGCAACAGGACCACGUGCGCCAUGGACUUCAGCCUGGUGACCAUGAACCAGAGGCACGACUACCUGUGGAUCGCCGGGCUCAGUCUCUCCUCCUCUGCUCUGGGUUUUCUCCUACCCUUUUUGGCCAUGACCAUCUUCUACUGCUUCAUCGGCUGCACCGUCACACGCCACUUCAACAACCUGCGCAAGGAGGACCAGAAGAAGAAGAGGCUGCUGAAGAUUAUCACCACACUGGUGGUGGUGUUUGCCUUCUGCUGGACUCCCUUCCACGUGCUGAAGAGCAUGGACGCCCUCUCCUACCUGAACCUGGCUCCCAGCUCCUGUGGCUUCCUGCGCUUCCUGCUGCUCGCUCAUCCCUACGCCACCUGCCUGGCCUACGUCAACAGCUGCCUCAACCCCUUCCUGUACGCCUUCUUUGACCUGCGCUUUCGUUCUCAGUGUCUGUGCCUGUUCAACCUGAAGAAGGCUAUGCAUGGCCACAUGAGCUCCAUGUCCUCUACGCUCAGCGCCCAGACUCUGAAGUCAGAGAUUCAGUCUCUGGCCACCAAGGUGUAGAGGGGGAAAAAGAAAGGUGGAGCAGGGCUCCAACCACUGGAACACUUGUUGAAAAAAACACUUUACGUGUCCGUUGUUUAAAGCUGGGAAGCUGAGAUGAUGAACUUUCACCGCUCACAGUCAUGAAAUCCAUAAUAUGUUCCUCCUAUUCUACAGCCAGAGAUGUGGAGGCUCUGUAUGUCGUGUGGACAUGAAGCCGGGGCCAGCGGGCUGCGCUCCUUCGCUGCUUUGUUCCUCAAGUUCUCAGAGAAAAAAGAACAACAUUUUUUGUUUUGUCCUGCUCUGUAAAAGUUCUAAUUUCUAUCAUGAAAAGAGGGCAUAGUUAUGAUUUUAGAAACACACACUGUUGUUGGGAACUGUAUAUCAAUUUAAAACCUGUUUACACUGGAUGAAACAUAAAGCUGUACAGUAUUUUCAUACCAUAGCAUUUUCUUUCUUGUUCAGAUCUAUUGCUGUUUUGUUUUAGAAGCACUUGUUAAAAAAGACGUGUGAGCAGGGAAAUCAAACAGAGCAGUGUCCUCUUGUUGUUUGUGAAGGUAGAAGUCUGCAGGAGGGAGGGGGGGUGUAAGAGGAGAGAAGGUGUUUCGGCUUAAUUAUAUAGUUUGUUGAGAGGAGACGGGGGGCAGACAGGCAGAUGGCAGUUGACAAAUGUUGUUGGGGAACAGGAACGGGGCGGGGUGGGUGGAGGGGUUUCGCAGUGUAGUCACAGCACUAAAAGGGGACAAAGGAACUCUGUAAAUAAAUGAAAUCCAGUUUGAUGUAUAUGUUUUAUUUUUCGACAUCACUGUAACUAACUACUGUAAUAAAAAUGUGUUCUAUGAACCAGA